AUGAAUAGCGGGUAUGGUACGCUUUCUGCCUCCGAACUGAACCCUAGCAAAUCUAACGACGUUAACAAACGCACAGACUACAUGGACAAAACUUUACAAGGACAGGGUGAUGCAGCAGUAUUGCAGAGUGACGCAGUUGUAGCCAGUGUUCAAAAUAAAAGAGAACUUGUCCCCCAAAAAAUAGAGGAAAAUUUUUCGUCAGGAAGGAAUGAUAUUUUAGUUUUUCGAGAAGCUCAAUGUGGGAAAAAAACCAGUAAAUCUUUAACAUCAUGGGCACAAAAGUUGAAACAAAACCAACCAAAAAGAAUAAAUGCUGAAGUAGUAUGUGUGAACUCUAUGCAAGAAAAUGAGCAAGCAAAUAAAUUACCACUUGAGAAUACAAACCUUACUGAUGCUGCUUUGCCACGUUACACUUUUUACCUCAAUCAACCGAAUGAAAGUCCAAAUUCCUUAGUGUCUGAAGCUUCAGGACUUUCAUACUGGAAAUUAGAUGAAAAGGAGAUGUAUCACUCUUUACCAGAGAAUUUCAGAAGUGAGUUUGCUGAUAUUUUCUCCACGAAAGUAUCACCAGAUGAGUUGUCUUCUGCUGAUGAAAUGAAGUUGUCGUCAUUGAAGGAUAUUUAUCAGAAAAGACAAAGGGAAAACGAGCAGCUGCCAGACCAGAAUUUUAUGCCUUCUUCCCAGUCAAGUCACCCACCAGAGAUCUUGACAUUGGACCCAACCCUGCAUAUGAAACCAGGUCAGCAGAACCCAGGACGCUGUUUUUUCAAUAUUCCUGAAGAGACUACUCCUUUUUCUCCAGACUCUAUGGCAGAGCCCGGAUUUUCCAGUCAUUGUGACACAGACUCUUUUUCACAGACAAGUAGUUCAUCUCAGUUAGAUGAUUCUCUGAAAUAUCCUGCCAGCAGCAGAGCUGUGCAUUUGGACCUCUGGAGAGAUCACCCAUUCCAGAAUGAAAACAAGUCUGGCUGUCCCUUUCCAAUGGCAUAUAUGGAUGCUAAUAAUGAUAAUUUAGUCAACACUGAGGAGGAAGAAACACUGACUCUAACUCCAUCUUCUAUUACUCAGUGUGCUGACAACAGUUUGCCAGAAUAUAGUCUUUCAGUGACAUCUGUUGAAGAUCCUGUGAUAAUGUCAAAGAUUAGGCAGAACUUGAGGGAAAAACAUGCUCGACACAUAGCUGAUCUACGAGCUUACUAUGACUCUGAGAUACACAACUUAAAGCAGCAGCUAGAGGCAAGCCAUAAAACUGCUUCAUCUGAAGACUUGAAGAAAAUCAAUCAAAAUCUUGCUGACAGGUGUGACCAAUUAGAUACGGCUCUGAAUGAAGCAAGUGCUCGCAUAAAAGCCCUUGAAAAUAAGAAUAAUAUGCUAGAAAAGCAAGUGACAGAUUGGAGAGAACGCUUUUAUGCAGUCAGUAAUACUUCCAAAGUUUUGCAAGAACGUAUUGAAGAAAUGCGCACAAAUAAUAAAGAGAAGGAUAACACUAUCAGUCGACUAAAAUCAAGGCUUAAAGAUCUAGAGGAAGCAUUUGAAAAGGCUUACAAGUUAUCUGAUAAUAAAAAUACAAGGCUAAAGGAAGAAAAUAAAAUGUUUCAAAAUCUUUUAGGAGAAUAUGAAUCCCUUGGAAAAGAACAUGAAAGAGUAAAGGAUACGUUAAAUGCAACUGAAAACAAAUUGCUUGAUGCAAACAUGCAGAUUUCUGAUCUGAAAAGGACAAUUUCAAAACUUGAAGCUCAGCUCAAGCAGGUAGAACAUGAAAAUAUGUUGAAACUUCGCCAUGUUACGGAAAGUCGUUUAAGAACCUCUUGCGCCAGCAAGUUGGCAACUCCUGAUGUCAGCAGGCGAAAGUGGUUGAUACCAGGAGCAGAGUAUUCAAUCUUCACUGGUCAGCCUUUGGAAGUCCAGGAAAGCCCAAAAGAUAACCGAUUAGAAGAAACCUAUAUUCCUUCUAGGCACCAUUCUCCUCCUGAAAAAGACUCCUCACAAGAAGACUCUUCAACAAACACAAUAGAAAAGAAAGAAAAUGACAUGUCAGAAGCACCAAUUAUAAAAGCCUUUAAAGAACUUGAAGAAGGAAAAGCAUUUAAAGAUUGGGGUACACAAACAGAAAAAGAAGAUGCAUCAACGAAAACAUCAAAUCGACGUCAAACUGUUGGGUUUGUUGAAACUUCUGUAGUUGCUAACCGAUCCCCAGAGAAAGGUAAAGACCAACACAGACCAAAACGGUACAGCUCCCCUUCUGGCCUGAGGUCAUCGUCCCUUCCUCCUUCAAACAGGAAAUCAAAUACUCCAACAAGAAGAGAUAUAAUGUUGGCACCAGUGUCUGUGACAUACAGUCCAAAACGAUCUCCAAAAGAAAACCUCUCUCCUGGAUUUAGCCAUUUGCUUAGCAAAAAUGAAAACACAGUGACAAGAUUUGAUAUACUUCUAGAUGACCUAGAAACUGGUCCUACAUCUACUUUACAGCACAAUAAUCCAAGAAAAAGGCUCCAGUUUCUCUCACUAGAUGAUGUAGAAGGAAGGCAGCAUUCAGGUGUCAGACACAGCUCUUGUGCUGAAUCUAUCAAUACUGGAAUGAAGAAGGCGACAGCUUGGGACGAGAGGAGCGUAGCACAAAAAUAUGAGCCAGUGCUAUCACCUUGUGAGGGAGACUUCAAGUACGCAGCAAGGAUUAAGACUCUGGCUGAAACAGAGAGGCUUUUUGAUGAGCUGACUCAAGAAAAGCAACAGAUUGAGGCUGCAUUGAGUCGAAUACCUUGUUCUGGUGGAAGAAUGACCUUGCAAGCAAGAUUAAAUCAGGAAGCCCUGGAAGAUCGUUUGGAAAGGAUUAAUAGAGAUUUGGGGUCAAUACGCAUGACUCUGAAAAGAUUUCAUGUUUUACAUACCUCUGCAAAUCUUUGACAAUUCUCUCUUAAAUGCAAAUAUGCUUUUUUUUUUUUUGCACUAAUAUGUAAUUAUGCACUCAGUAAAUGCAAAUUGUUUUGUAUUUUUAUAAACCCUCAAUAGUAGUUUUACAACCAUGUUACCCUUUACAAGCAGCAAUAUUUUGUACUUCAAACAGCCACCUAUAUUUUAAACAUAUUUUUGUUACGCUUGAGAAAUCAAUGUUUAUCCUGUAUUGUAAAAUUUUUAGAAAUAUUAAUUAUUUUUAAAUAGUGAUAUUCAAUUUAUAAUAAGAAAAAGAAACUAAAAGGCAGCUUGUUUUCAGAAAAUG